AUGGAUAAAACUAAUUUAAUAUAUUUGCAAAAUAAAUUUUUAACCAUGGACGAGAGAAGGGUUGCAGAUUAUUUUGUAGUGGCUGGUUUGCCUGAACAACCAGAAAUGCUUGACGAUUCUGAUUCUGGCCAUUUAAAAGGAUAUAGUACAAAAGCUCCAAUUACGGACAUUGGUGUUAUAUUUCCCGGUUUAGGUGAAAAAGUGCCAAAUGGAUACGAAAUGUUGGAGAUGACACCAACAGGAUUACCGGCAGAUUUAAAUCAUGGAUCUAUGAGGUCGCCUGAAUGCUUUCUUUGUAUAAGAAGAGGUAGAGAUAGACCGCCGCUAGUCGAUAUCGGUGUAAUGUACGAUGGCAAGGAACGGUUAAUGGCAGAUGCCGAGGUGGUACUAAAAUCCGUAGACGGUCGUUGUGCGAAUGUUAACAAUUCGACAGCAAAAACAUUCAUAACGUACAGACGAGCGCACAAGACGGUGCCAUGUAAUGCACUAGUCGUAGUCGACGUGUGCGUUAUAGUGGCAAGCAAGGGAGAGACGCCACCCCAUGCUUUUUGUAUGAUCGCGAAAAAUUUGAACAAAGGGUUAAUGGGGAGCGAUGUGUUCCUCUGCUACAAAAAGUCAAUGAACCGGCCACCGUUAAUAGCUUACAAGCCAGAAGUAUUAUUUAGGUAUCCAUCAAUAGAUCGCCGCAGUUUAGUAUUUCCUACGUCGGUGCCUUUGUUUUGCAUGCCGAUGGGAGCUACCCUCGAAGUGUGGCCGAAUAACGCCUCAUCGCCCAAGCCAGUGUUUUCCACUUUUGUCCUUACUGUUGCUGAUGCCACGGAUAAGGUGUAUGGAUCAGCAGUAACAUUCUACGAGUCGUACCCCCAUUCCCAACUAUCAGAAGCUCAAGCGGACGCCCUCGGCUGGCGCGCGGGCGCGUCGCAUACGACGCACUCGCUACACGCUAACAAGAGUAUCUGUCUGCUGUCGAGAUGGCCCUUCAGUGAUACUUUUGAGAGAUGGCUCUUGUAUAUAUUGGAAAUGUCAUGGAGUAAAGAACCUCUCAAUAUCCCCGUAGAGCGAUAUAUUACUCAUUUAUUAGAAGAAAUACCAUUUCCGGAGCCAAGAAUAUUAUUGCAGUUAUCCCCCACGAACGCGCACGACCGCGUGAUAGUGACGCGGCGCGACGACCAGCCGCUGGUGCGCAGCGGCGCCGGCUUCCGCCAGCUGCUGCUCAACCUGGGGCCCGACAACUGCCUGCUGCUGCUCGCCCUGGCUAUCACGGAGCAGAAGAUACUUAUACAUUCUUUGAGGCCAGACACGUUAACAGCUGUUUCAGAAGCGGUAUCUAGUUUACUAUUUCCAUUUAAAUGGCAGUGUCCCUACAUACCACUUUGUCCAUUAGGUUUAGCAGAAGUCCUACAUGCGCCAUUGCCGUAUCUUAUAGGUGUGGAUUCAAGGUUUUUCGACCUGUACGAGCCGCCACCAGAUGUUACGUGUGUCGACUUAGAUACUAAUAAUAUUACUAUAUGUGAAUCACAGAAGCAUAUAUCAUUAAAAUUGUUGCCGAAACGUCAAGCGCGGAUACUGCGGCAGACGCUCGAGCAACUCUUCUCUAACAUACGACCAGCAUCACCCAUCCACAUGUCGAACGGUAGUAAAUAUAACGGCGAACCUACAACGAGUUUAGAUCGAGAUUUCCAGAAAAGAAAAAAAGAGCAAGCGUUAGAGCUGAAGAUCCAGGAGGCGUUCCUCCGGUUCAUGGCGACGACGCUGCAGGGCUACCGCGGCUACCUCAUACCCAUCACCAAGGCGCCCACCGUCGGUACGACAGACCCACACGCUCUGUUUCACGUUGACGCCUUCCUGCGGUCUAGGGACAAGACACAACAACGUUUUUUCUACCUAAUAAUGCGAACGCAAAUGUUCACGCGAUUCAUCGAGGAGAGAUCGUUCGUGUGCGACGCGGACCAGGGGAUGACGUUCUUCGACGAGUGCAUCGAGCGCGUGGCGGCCGGCGACGGGCCGCUGCUGGGCCUCGAACCCGGGAACGCCUCCGAGCGCACCGUGUUCGUGCUGCCGCCCGACCCGCCCGACCCUGAACAGCAAUACACAUACGAGAAGUUCGUACUGGACUCGUGCCUGGUGGCGCGGUGCCGGGCGAGCGCGCGCGCCGGCCCGCGCGCGCCGCCCGCCGCCGCGCCCGCCGCCGCCGCCGCGCCGGCCGACGCGUCGCCCAUGGCGCGCCGCACCAAGCACGAGAUCGUCGCGGCGCAACGCCUGGCGCGCAAAGCGAGCCUCUCCCCCGAGGCGUGGGCCAAGUGCUUGCUGGGCGCGUGCUACUCGCUGUACUUCCUGACGCUGCCGUGCCGCCUCACGCUGGCGCGCGGCCGCGAGACCGCGGCGCUGCGGAGCGCCUUCGAGCUGUUGGAAAGAGCUGCUAAGCUGAGAGUGCCAUGUGAUGAAGUGUGCUACAGAGUAAUGAUGCAGCUAUGCGGCAUCCACUCGCUGCCAGUACUAGCGGUACAGCUACUGUUCCUAAUGAAGCGAGCUGGCUUGCAACCAAACGCUCUUACGUAUGGUUAUUACAACCGGUGUGUGCUUGAGGCCGCUUGGCCCAAGGAUAUGGCUAGUGGGUCACAAUUGUUAUGGAAUAAACUACGUAUCACAGUGAUGGGAGCAGCGCUGUUCCGUAAAGCGGGCGCGCAACGCGCCUCCCGCGCGGCCGGCGCUACUGGCAGCGUGCGCGCGGCGGGCGGCGAGGGCGCGGAGCCGCCGGCGCCGGCGCUGGGCGAGCCCGCGCGCAGCCGCUCCAGCCUGGACUCUGCGUGCGAGGGCGCGGGCGCGAGCGCGUUCGAGGCGCUGGUGCGGCGCGGCAACAUCGUGCGCGCGGCGGCGCACCCGCGCCACCACCAGCUCUCCGCGCACGCCGGCAUACUUAUAUCUGGCUUGCCCUCGAACCCAGAUUUGACAGGGACGACGCGGCCUAGAAGUAAUUCUUUAGGCAAUGAGGAACCCGAACCACCGACGAUGACCAUAGUCGAUAAGAGACAGACCAUCCACGUGAGCCCCGACAGCCCCUCCGACCUGCGCAUCCUCACGCGCUCGGAGAGCUUCGCAGGCGACGCCCAGAUAGUGCAGAACUUGCAGCGGCUCUCCUUCUCUAGUGGUACAUCGAAUCCAAAAUCUCGAUGCUCUCGAACGCUCAGCUUCCCAGAGGAGCCGGAGAGGGAAGCGGCGGCUGCAGACACCCUCGACACCGCCAAGUCGUCACCACUAAAGCUGUCCCCCCGCACGCCGGUGCUCAGCGACGACCCGCUGGGCGCGCUGGCGCUGGGCGCGCUGAGCGCCGCGCCGCCAGCGCCGCCAGCGCCGCCAGCGCCCGCGCCGCCGCGCCCCAAGCACGAGCUCAGCGUCAGCCCCAAGCUGUUCCACCGCCGCAGCAACUCCUUCCAGGACGACCCGCACCAAGCUGACAAUGACGCAGCUACAGAUACCGCUGGGAAACUGCACAGGAGCGAGACCGCGCCCGCCACCGUGUCGGCCAGCCUCGCCAGCAUCGGCAACACGCUGAAGAUCAGCUUUGGACGCUAUUCGCCCGCCCGACUGUCGUUGCGCAAGGAAAACAUGAAAAUUGGAAAGGCUAUGAUCGAGAACUACUUCAGUCCAACGAGUAUAGCUGGUAAGAAAUCAAAUGAACUUCUCCAAAGCGGUCUAAGCAGCCUCAAGUCGGCAGCAACGAGUAUGGCAAAGAAGUUCGAUGAAAUGAAAGAAGUUAUAUCGGCCAAUUCUACGCCAGUCAAAGGGGCCAUCGGUAAUGCAACGAGUGCGUUAGCCAAUUUCAUCACAGAAGAAGAUUCUGGAGAUGGAUCUUCUGAGAUGAAUCCGGAUGAAUGGCCGACCGGCAUGAGCUUCAGGCGCACUUCUAGUGACGCGGAGCUGGCGUGUUCUAUGGAGCGCGGGUCUUUGGCCACUUUACUGUCACAUCUCCCUGAUAAUUUGUAUCCAACGUGCAAUCAGCAGGACGGGACGGGAGAGAGGGGGGGCGUGCGCGUGCACAUGACGUCGUGCUCGCAGUGCCACCAGUGCCUGGCGCUGCUGUACGACGAGGACGCCAUGGCGGGCUGGGCCGCCGACGACUCCAACCUCAACACGCGCUGCAUCGCCUGCGGCCGCCACACCGUGCCGCUGCUCUCCGUGCAGAUAAUACGAGAGGGACAAAGUCAAGCGGAAACAUUAAGCGUGCCUUACUUGAAUCCUCUUGUACUGAGAAAAGAAUUUGAGUCUAUUUUAGGCAGAGAAGGAGAUUCGUGUCUCGCAGAACCUGAAUUUGUUGAAUCACAUCCAAUAGUGUACUGGAACUUGGUUUGGUUCCUCGAGCGCGCCAACAUCGACAACCACCUGCCGGAAUUGUUGAGUCCGAACUUCACCGCCAAGUAUCACAGUACAGAUCCGUUGCCGGACGUCGAUAAACUUGCGGUGACAGUGUCCUGCGAGUGGGAGUUCUUGCGCGCGGGCGAGGGCGAGGCGCCGGCGCUGUACGUGGCGUGGGCGCGCCCGCCGCCGCGCUCGCGCACGCUGCGCGCGCUGCUGCUCACCGACCACGACUGCACGCAGCACAACUCCGUCGUCCUUGCAGUUUUGGAUGGUCUUUUAAGCAAUGACCUGUCUGACGCGAUCAGGAAAUUGGCGGCGUGGCGAGAAUCCACUUGCAGCAAUAAGCGAUAUUACUCUUAUUACAGAGACAUCCUAUUCCUGGCGAUGGCGGCGCUGGGCGAGCACAACAUCGACCUCACGGCGCUGCAGCGCGAGUACAGUCGCGCGCUGGAGCGCCUCGGGCCCGACGCGCGCGCGCAGGACCUGCCGCCCUCGCCCGCCGCGCUCUGCGCGCGACACUACUUCAAGCGGCUGCGCCUGCCGCAGUCAUUC